AGUACUGAUGUCUUUCCUGAGAAAGGCUUUAUUUCCCACGAUGUCCACGGGCCUGGGAAAGGACUGAUCAUCCUUUAGUUUUCCUUUCGUGGUCUAUCAAGUACAGACACGUGAAAGGUCUCAUGCGUCUGAGGAGCACGAGGGGCCCUGGGCCCUGUGUGCUUAGUCCAUCCUCUGCCAUUGCUGGCGGGAAUGGCCAGGGCUCUGUACCCAGCCUCCACCGCUGCCAGUUGCCUUCCAGAGCCGACCCACCAGCUCCCUCCUUGGUACUCAGGAGUAAGGCCCAACUCGAGGUCAGCAUAGAGGUGGUCACCGCCUGCCCCCUGCCCCUCCCACACGACGCAUGCUGUAGCACAUUGAUUUUGUCACACUGCCUGAGCAGGCCAGGCCUUGACAGUGCCAGACCUUUCUACCUGUGGCCUUGCCUGGACCGUCCUUUCUUUCCCCCUGGCUGAGGGGGUGGGUCUUACUCAUACUCAGGACCUACUGACCUCCUCCACCACCUUGACUGCACUUGCUCGCUUUGUCUUUCUGUGCACGAGGGGUACGCAGGCUGGCCGGAAUGUUCGUUUAUUCACGUGAUGUGACCAGCCAAAUAAACCCAGCCUCCGACCCUGGGUUAUGUCCUUCAUGGCUGUUCUGACAGUUUGGUUUUCCAUCCAGAGUCUUUCCUACAGGAGAUACCACUGGCAGUGGCCACACGUCGAGGCUUCUUGGCCAUGCUGUUCAUAAAUCGGCCUUGGGAGGACAGCCCUGUGUUGCUGAAGGCCCGGUUGGGAGUGAGAAGGAAGGACCAAACCAAGGGUUGCCAUGGCUGCGGUUGACAGCUUCUACCUCUUGUACAGAGAAAUCGCCAGGUCGUGCAAUUGCUAUAUGGAAGCCCUAGCAUUGGUCGGGGCCUGGUACACGGCCAGAAAGAGCAUCACCGUCGUCUGUGACUUCUACAGCCUGGUCAGGCUGCAUUUUAUCCCGCGCCUGGGCAGCAGGGCAGACCUGAUCAAGCAGUACGGAAGAUGGGCCGUCGUCAGUGGUGCGACAGACGGGAUUGGAAAAGCGUACGCUGAAGAGUUAGCAAGCCGAGGCCUCAACAUCAUCCUGAUCAGUAGGAACGCAGAGAAGUUGCAGACUGUUGCUAAAGACAUCGCCGACACUUACAAAGUGGAAACCGAUGUUAUCGUCGCGGACUUCAGCAGAGGCCGAGACAUCUACACUCCGAUCCGCGAAGCCCUGAAGGACAAGGACAUUGGCAUCCUGGUCAACAACGUGGGUGUGUUUUACCCCUACCCGCAGUAUUUCGCUCAGGUCUCCGAGGACAGGCUCUGGGACAUCGUGAACGUGAACAUCGCCGCGGCCAGCCUGAUGACGCACAUCGUGCUCCCGGGCAUGGUGGAGAGGAGGCGGGGCGCCGUCGUCACCAUCUCCUCCGGCUCCUGCUGCAAGCCCACUCCCCAGCUGGCUGCGUUUUCUGCUUCGAAGGCUUAUUUAGACCACUUCAGCCGAGCAUUGCAGUACGAAUAUGCUUCUAAAGGAAUCUUCGUGCAGAGCCUGAUCCCGUUCUAUGUAGCCACCAACAUGACUGUGCCUGGCAGCUUCCUGCACAGAUGCCCAUGGUUGGUGCCUUCGCCCAAAGUGUACGCACAUCACGCCGUUUCUACCCUUGGGAUUUCAAAACGGACCACAGGAUACUGGUCCCAUUCCAUUCAGUUUCUUUUUGCACAGUACAUGCCCGAGUGGCUCUGGGUGUGGGGAGCAAAUAUUCUCAACCGUUCGUUACGUAAGGAGGCCUUAUCCUGCACUGCCUGAGCCUGGACAGCCACGGAGGAGUUUUGCCAGCUCAUGGGAACCUACAGUAUUCUGACGUUUCGAAAAACACAUUUAUUUUUGUGUUUUCUUUUAUUACUAAUUAUUUAACUCGCUGUUGAUUUAUCAUUUGCAAAGCAAACAAUACUUCCGGAACAUGCUGCAGGAAGACCUCAAGGCCCACGUGGAUGGCACGGAGUAAAUUAUCCAGGCCUAAGAGCUGGUGGGAGAGACCUAAAUCUCAUGCUUUUCCCCGAGCUGCUCCAAAGUUGUGUGAUUUAUGUUGUUUUAGGAGCUACAGCAACCCACUGUUGAAAGAUAUAUGACUUGUCAGCUUUUAUCAUUUCAGAUGAUAAACAGUCGUUUUUGAAGGAAGAUGACUUGUUUCACUAGAUGAGCUAGAGUGUUGGUUUUCAAAUGUUCGUCAGGAAAGAUGACUGAAGUGUUAUUUUACAACCGAGGUUGCUGGUAUUGUUAGUAAAAAUCUGUGUGUAUUUUAUUGCAUAGUUCUAAUUGUUUGUAUAUGAAAGUGCUGCUCUUAACUGGUAUUUCAUUAGAACCAUGUGUGUCUGUGUGUCGUGGGUGUGUGAACAACUUUAUUUAUGAUUAAGUUACUUUUAAAAAGAGUCCUUGUCAUGACUUCAUAUGGAACUUUGUGGGUAUUAAAAGUCUAGGUUAUUCUUUUCAUGCUAAACCAUACUGCCCAAUGUUAUGUCCCCCCCCCCCCAAUUGGCUAUGUGAUGAAAUAAUUCCUAGAUUUGGAUAUAUAAUGAACAACCUGUGAUCAUCUUUUGGUUUGUAAUUAUUGCAGAUAAAUAGCGAUUUCUUAGCCUGUGACCCACUUUUAUAACUGAAGUUUAGUCCUUUAAAGCUUAUUAUGUCUGUUUUCAUACACUUUUCUUUGUAAUAUUAUUCCAUUCCAGUAGCAUUAUUGAUACAAACAUCAAGUAUUUAUGGAGUAGUAGUUAAAACUAUGGACAAAUUAUGUGUGAUAUGAUGUAUCUGCUGAAACAGUAAGUCAGCAGCUCAUUCUUGGUUUAUGUCAUGAAUUUAUGCAUUCUCGUGAAUACUUUAUUGGUGUGACGCUAAUUAUGUACAAGCCCUCGUGAUGUGGGUUAACGUUGAGACCUACUGUGAAUGUCUUUAGUUCAGGUCCUACCAAGCCAACUAGUUUGGAGGGCACAUACCUCGUGCUUUGGAUACUGUAAGACACUAUACGACUGUGACAGUGUGUGCGCGUUUGGAAUGACAGCUUAGCACCGUGAUGCAGAAGCUAGUAAGUGGGUUGACCGCAGGACUUCAGGAGAUGGUUUGCUCAUGAGGCGACUUCCAUCCUCAAGCCUGGGCAUAAGCACGCUUUGAUAGUCUUCACAUAGUUUUGCACACGCCAUUGCCUCUAGUAUUUCCAGGUGAGACUUGGACUCAGAUCAGUGGUUAAACUCAGAAGUUCAUUGACUCCUAGAUCAUGUCCUCAGAACGUAAGAUGUGAAAACUGCACACAUGGAGGUGACAGAGUAACACCAUGAUUGUGAGGGGUCAGCAGGGAGCCCUCUCGAAGUCAUGCCGCAUUGCCAUGGGCUGUAGUUGAGGUGUGUAAAAGUGUUGUAGGACGGCUCUGUGUAGGUUCUGUGGGCCAGGCAGGUCUUAUCUUUAUAAAUGAGGCAUGGACUCCUUGUCAUGUGGUGAGAGUAAGUGGACACUCCUCGUGAGAGAUGUUUCAAAAUUGUGUCCUUGGCAGGGGACAGGAAAACGUGUUAAUUGGUGCAGAUGUGGUGCAGAGUUGACUGUCGCUUUAGAGAAAGAUCAAGACAAAGAAUUUUGCUAGCUUUUGUAAAAUACUUAUUUUCCUUCUAGCUCAUUUGAGGGUUAACAGGACCACUGUGGGUGGGGUUUCUUAUAAAGAAUUUUGGGGGAUACAAACUUUGAUGCUCAAUCUGUAAGCUGAAAUUUAGCAAUAAAAGCAGUUGCUUCUGUUUCCUUGAGAAGAGGUAGAAAUGUUUAUAAGUUGGUUGUUUGGAAUGAGAGAGACUUCUUUCCCCCCUAGAAUUGAUUAUUAAAAAAAUAUGAAUAGUUGUAUUCAUAAUUCAUUAAAAGCCGAUACUUCGAUAACAAAAUUGUAGAUAACAUUGUGCCUAAUAUUUUUUUUAAAGUUAUUAAGUUGAUUCCUUGGUCUUGUUUUCCUGAUAGGUUGAGUAAGACGAGACAGAUUGGAUCAUUGUUUUUGGCAGGGUAGAGAUCACUGGUGAUUCCCCAUGAGCUGUUUCAACCCAGUAGUGGGGAUGAAAGCCGGAUUGUAGGGGGCUCAAGAAAGAGUGGGAAGAAUUAGGGAAGAGAGCACAUAGAGACAGCUCUUAGGACUCCUUUUUUCCCCCUAACCUUAAUUACUUAAAAUCUUGACCUGUUUGGGAAGCAGAGGGUUAAGUGGUGUGUCCUCAGGCUUGACAUUCUGUGUCCCCCAGAACCAGCUCCAGUCUGUCUCAGUGUUGAUUUAGCUGCUGUUCUUUAAAAUAACGUCGAGUUGAAUAAACAUUUACCUUUCUGUGGAA